UUCAAAUUAGAGAUGUCUGAAGCCCCUUCAGGAACAACAAUUGAAUUUGAAACGAUUCUGACUCAAUAUACGAAUGAAGAAGAGAAGUUGAUCAACCAUGAGACAUUCCAGACUAUCGCUAGCAAGUUUUGGGCUCUUUUCCCUAAGAAUGAGGAUGGAAGGAUUACCAAGGACUUAUACAAAGAACUUCUUCACAGAUUCUAUAUCGUCUUACUACCUUAUUACAGAAAAGAUGAAGUAGAGAAAGAGAUCCUCAGUGAGUGGAUAUUUGACUGCCAUGGAUCCCAAGAAUUGGAUUACACCCUGUUCACAAGAGUACUUUUCAGGAUUGCUCACUCCUGGUGCAUCAAUGUAGACUAUGAAGAAUAUGCAUUCUUGCUCAACAUUUUGUACGAAAGAGUCACAUGCAAAGUGCUUGUCAAGGCAAAGACUAGGAAGGAAAUCCUACCAAAAAUUAUUGUCACAUUCCCUGAAGAAGAAAAGAAAUUUGGCAAAGACAAGGGAGAUGACGAAGAUGAAGAAGAGAACGAAGAAAAUGGAGCUGAGUGGGUAGAAUGUGAUGAAGAUGAAAGCCAAAAGAGUGAUUUUGAGUAUAAAUAUGGAGAUGAGAAUGACACAAUGGAUCUGAAGAGAUAUAAGAGACCCAAAAAUGGCUCAGGAUUAGGCAUCAUGGUCACUACACAUAUCAAAGAUCCAUUCUUAUAUACUGAGAAGGUAUCAUAUGACCUAGCUGAUGUUGAAGAAGGUGUCACUGUUGUGGAUCAGCUCAUAAAGACUGAGUAUACUCUACCUCUCGGGUACCCAACGGAGCAAUACUUAUUUAAAUUGAAGAAUGAUGUCUAUGAAGUUGUCACUCAAAACAAAGCUAAGAACAAAGGAUUUGACGAUGAAAAUAAGGACUUUGACGAUCCAGGAGAUUUGAAAGUUAACAACGAAAGAGUUACUCAGACCUUCUUCCUCUUUACAAAUAAUGGAUUCCACAAAGAAUAUAUUUUUUGAGCUUAUAUUCUUGAUGCUCUCUACAAUAGUUUCAGAAGAGCUUUGAGAGAAUGUAUUUCUCUCUCAUUACAGCUUAGUCCAACUUAUCCAAACAUCAAUAUGAGAGCUAUCCCAGUAGGACCAGGAAGUGAGAAGAGAGUUUUAAGUGAGAUGUCAAAAAUAGGAUAUAAUCCCUGCCUGGAUAGAAGAGUUCUAUGGGAAUUAUGCCACAUCCCUAGCAAGAAGAUGAACCUCUGGAUUAACAAGAACUACAUCGUUGAUCAUAAGGACAUCAGAUAUGCCUUCAAAGUAAAGAUCAGCAAGGUCGAAAACAAGGACUACCUUGUCUUGAAAGAAGAAGACAGAGUUAGGAGAGAAGAAGACUUCAUCCCUGCUGAGACUAGCUACAAGAAAAUCCAACAAUUUAUGCUAAGCAAAAAGUUCGAGUCCCUCUUCUCUAACAGAGUUAAACUUGAAGAAAAAGAGGCAGCUAGAAGCAGAAAGCAGAAGGAAAGAGAGGAAAAGAAGAAAAAGAGCGCUAGUCAACCGAGAAGAACUGAGGUUGUCCUUGACCCAAAAAUUGAAGAACAAAAUAGCCUUAAAGCUAGGUUCAAACAUCUCUUAAGCAAGGAAGGGCUUAUUCCUGAUAAUGUUGUCAAUAAGAAUGACCUUAUCAUUGAAGCUAAUAAAAAGCCAUUAUGAAUACUUGUGAUUGGAAAGCCUCGGUCUGGAAAAACAAGAGUUUGCACUGAUCUCAGUAAAUCCCUGGAUAUUGUUCAUAUCAAUAUCAAAAACUAUUUGAAUCCUCUUCUGAAGAAGGUCGCUGAAUAUGAACCUCCAGAUGAUCUUUCUGAAGGAAAAGAACCUCCUAAAUUCCUUAAUGAUCUUGAAGAGGAGGUACAUCAGGCAUUGCUGAUAGGAAAAGGACCUGACGAGGAACAACAGGUAAAAAUCAUCUCAGCAAUGGUUUCAAGCUCCCUUGCUCAGACAAAAGGAUUUGUCCUGGAUUUACCUUUCUGUAAGAGAAAGGAGACCUGGUAUGAGAUCAUCAGCAGAGGAGGUCUCUCCUUCCAACAAGAAGAUAUCUCCUUCAUUGUAGACCUAGACAUGACUGAUAAUGAUGUAAGGCAGAGAGCCCAAGGCAUAAGAUUUGACCCAACAACAGGAGAAGUUGUUAGUAAGUGGGAAAGAGUUGAAAGAAGAAAGCCAAAGAGAAAGAAGAAGAGAGGCGAUGAAGGGGAAGGUGAAGGCGAUGAUGAAGAAGAGCAGGAAGAUGAUGGAAAUGAAUCAGAUAACUCACAAGCUCCCAAAAAGCCUAAGAUUCUGCAGGAAGAUCAAGUACUUAUUAGAAUUAAUGAUUGAAGUCAGCAGUUAGAAGAAGAUUUAUUGAAUUAUAACUCAGUUGAAGCUCCAUUCUUGAAGAAAUUGAUAGAUCCUCUCUAUCACCAUCAAUAUAUCAAACUAGAUGCGGCAGGAUUGAGGCCUGAUGUGAUAAAUGAGACUCUUGUUGAAAGAGUCAAAAGAGAAAAUACUCUUCUUAGACCAAUAGCCAUUCCUCUGGAAGCUCAAGGAGAUAACAAGUCGUAUUUAACAUUAGAUAAAGAGGAGGGAGAACUUCCAAGAAGAUGGUCUCUCUGGAAGCAAACAGAUCCUGUUGCUCUUUACAACGGAAGAGUCGUUGAGGGUCAAACAGAUUUCGCUGCUUCAUUCAAUGACAGAGUAUUUUUGUUUGAGAAUGAGGAAAGCCAGCAAGCUUUUGUUGCUGAACCAAAGAAAUAUCUGAGUAAGACACCAGAAAUGCCUGGAAGAUUUAGAUUACUACUCUCUGGUCCUACAGGAUCUGGCAAGAAAACCGUGGCGAACACCCUCAGUCAAAAAUAUGGUUGGAAAGUAGUCGACUGGAACGCUCUUAUCUCUGACAAGAUCAACAUGAUGAAGGAAAGGGAAGAUCCCUUCCUCCCGAACAACCCUCUUGCUGAAGACUACCCUCUCGGUCUCUCCGAGGAGGAAUGGAAGCAAAUUCAGGAAGGAGCCCCAUACGAUGCCUUCAAGUUCAUGCCUUGGUUCUAUGAAUUCAUGGGUUUUGAGACUGAAAAGAGAAGACCCCCUCCUAUUCCUGAGGGUGAAGGAGAGGGAGAAUUAGAUGAAGAAGCCAAAGCUAAGCAAGAAGAGGAAGAACGGAAGAAACAAGAGGAGAAGAAGAAAGAAGAAGCGAAGAAAUUGAAGGAGAAAAAGAAACGUGAGAAAGAACGCAAGAAGAAGAAACAAGAAGAGCCAGAAGCUGAAGGCGAAGGUGAAGGAGAGGAUGAAGAAGAACCUCUUGAUGAUAUGAACCUGGCUGAUCUUGAUUUAAAAAUCGAGGACGAAGAGACCCUGAAAAAGCCAUUUGUUGGCGGAUAUAUCUUGAUAGGGUUCCCACAGACUAUUGAACAUAUUGAGAAUCUUGAGAAGGAUGGAAUUGGGUUUGACAAAAUUUUGUAUCUCAAUGAUACAGAUGAAGAAAAUCCAGGAGAGGUCUUAAAGCAAAGGAUGAAAGACGACCCAUUCUAUGAUCUUCAGUAUGAGCUUGAAAAUGGAGAAAGAGCACUUGGUAUUUAUAAAGAGAAGUAUGAAGAUAUUGUUAAUGAAAUCUCAUGAAAUGGAACAGUUGAAGAUGUCAUGGCAAGAGUAUAUGCAGCCAUAGAUCCAUUCUUCUGCCAAGUAGAUGAUCCAGAAAAUGUCAGGACAAGUGAUGAAGUUGGAGAAGAAGAGAAGCCACUCCCUUUCGGAGAAUAUGGAUCAUUCUGUCCUGUAACUUUAACAAAAGAUUCAUGGAUUUAUCCAGGAUCAGACGAGCAUGAAGCUCAAGUAGAUGAAAGAGUCUAUAAACUUGCUGGAGAGCAAGAGCUUGAAGAAUUCAAAGCAGAUCCAAUGAAAUACAUCAAAGAAGGCAUCCAAAGACCACCUGAACCUCAUAUAAUGAUUGUCGGUCCAAGAGGAUCAGGAGUGACAACUCAGAUUGAGAAAAUUUGUGCUAAAUACAAGGUAUCUGAUUUCUUACUCAAGGAAGAAUUCUUGAAGAAGAUCAAUCAAGAGAAAGAAGAAAGGAAGAAGCAAAGGCUCCUGGCUAGAGGGUUCAAGGCUCCUGAGCCAGUCGAAGAUGAUGCUGAGCCUGAACCAGAUCCAGAAAUUGAGGAUGAAGCUGAAGACUUUGACAAAGAAGCUCAUGAAAAGGAAGUAUUUAAGUCAAUUUUCAAUGCUGGCUCAGUACUUAUCAUUGAUGGUGACUGGUUCGAUCUCCCUGAAGAUGAAAUUGCCACUGAAUACACUGAUCUAUUAUUCAACUCAAGAAGGCCUCCUGAACUAGUUAUCUCUCUAUCAGUCUCUGAAGAUAAGAUGCUUGAAAGACUUUUAGAUAGAGAUGAAAUUGAAGCAAAAUACCAAGAACUGGUUGAGAUCAGAAAUGCUGAAAAACGCAAACAAAGAGAAGAAGACAGAAAUGCCAAACUAGAGGAACUAAAGGGAGACGAGGAGAAACCACAGGAAGAAAUUGACCAAGAGAUGGCAGAUUGGGAUAAAGAAAGAGAUGAGCAAGAACAAGAUGAAGAUGAUCCCGAUGCACCAAAUCUUGAAGCAAUGCUUGAAGAAGCAAAAGAGAAGUUAAUUGAGGGUAGAACGACUCAAGCUGAUUUUAUUGAAGAAUUUGAGACAAAAGUAUCUGAUAUGAAGGUCCCUGUUAUUAAGGUUGAUGGAAAUCUUGAUAUGGAUAGAGUGAACCUCAGAAUUUUGGAUCAUACUAAAAACUACUUAGAAGAGAGAAAUUCUAUGUAUGAGAGAUCUCAGAUCAUCGAUCUCAAACCAGAGGAGGUCAAAUUCUAUGAAAACUCCUAUCUCUAUUCCCUCAGCAAAUAUGGCUACAAAUCUCUAUUUGAUAUUGCUAGGCCAAGUCUGACCAAACAACAUGCCUUAAUUUACAGGGACCAACUGUAUUUCUUCAGCACCCAAGAUGAGAAAGAUAAGUUUAGUCUAAGUCCAGAGGUAUACUGUAAGAAUGAAUCUGUUCCAAAAGACGUGUUGCUUCAGCCGACAUGCUUCGUCCUAGGAACUCCUUCCUGUGGAAAGUCUACCAUCUGAGAAAAGAUUAGCCAAAAGACCUCAAUGGUUCACAUAAAAAUCGAAGACAUCAUCCCUGAAUUUAUUGAAUCUGAGUGUGAACUUGGAGAUAAACUUCGAGAUGAAGUUAAAAGAGGAAUGCAAAUCUCAGAGCAGCUCCUUGUGGAAAUGAUCGCUAAAAGAAUCCAGUACAGAGACUGUGUUAGAAACGGAUUCCUACUUGAGGAUUAUCCAAAGACUCAGAGUCAAGCUAUGAAGCUAACAGAAGUGGGUAUUGUUCCUGAUUUUGUUUUCUAUAUGGACAUGAAGUCUGAAUACUGCUACAGCAGGGUUGCAAACCUUAGCGCUACAGAGUUUAUGUACGAAAAUAGAGUUAUCUCUGAGAGAUUGUCCAGACAUCUUCUUGAGAACCCUGGAGUUAUUGGAUACUAUGAAAAUGCAUUUGGAAAUGUCCAGUAUAUCAACGGUCUCAAAUCCAAAUGGUUCGUGGAAGAGAAAAUCUUGAUGCAUAUUAGGAAUUCUACUCACUCUAAAUCUACUUUUGCCAGGAAUAUUCUAGACAAUACCAAGGCUUGAGCUCUUCAGUAUCUCAACAUACACAGAUCUCUGCAUACAAUGUGUUUGUCUGGAUUCAAGUACUUCUGCCCAGUGACUUGGAAGCACCACCAGACCUUCUCUGAUUCAAAAUACAUGGAAUGUACAGCUAUUCUCUAUCAACCACCUGGCUCUGCUCUUCGUCACCUGUACUAUUUCAGAACACUCGAACAGCGUGAUAUUUUCAUCGAGAAUCCUGAAAACUUCUCUGAUGUGAAGUUGUUUACAACUGAUAUUCCACAGAUGACAGAUAUGUACAAUGCAGCCCAGAUAAUCAGCAAAGAGAAGAAUUUAGCUAAUUACUGCCCUGUCACUCUCUACGAAAGCGGGAAAGUUGAGAAAGGGUACCAACUGUUCCUAGCUUUAUACAAAGAGCACAAAUUCAUCUUCCAGACUUCAGCCAAAUUGAUUAGAUUCAUGGCAAACCCAGUGAGAUAUAGCAAAGUGUCCCUUCCAGUUAAGAUUCCACCAGUCGAAGAGAAGAUCUCAUUAUUGACAUUUGCAGAGAACGAUGAUUCAAUCCCAUUCUUGGAACAAAGCAUUGGUGCUAUUGCAACCAGAGGUCUACUGGAGGUGACCAGUCUUAGGAUGAAGUACCCUACUCUAAGUGUAAAAGAGACUGCUUUGAAGCUAUUUGCUCUUUUCCUUAAGGCUAAUAAUCCUUCUAACACUGAGCAUUCCAGGAAGAAAUAUCAGAAGAAGGUCAAACAAUUUGUAGAAAGGUGUAAUUUGCCCUUAAAGAUUGAGAAAAUGAGCAAUAAAGAAGACAGAAAAUCAAUUGAAGAGAAGAAUUAUCAUGAGCUUGGAGCUAAAUUUGACAAAAUUAUGAUGGUCAUUAAGCAAGAGAGGAGCGAGAAUUUUAUUAAUUAUAUCAGAUAA